GCAGCAAGGAAGUCACGCAACAUCAGAGCACAGUAUACCGGCUCAUCUUAGUAUGUGGCAGCUUAACUAACCGGUGUCGAAGUAGGCGACAGACCGGACGGAGGUCGAAAAUUCUUAGGGGUCGCCAGACUGCCCAUACCUGGACGUCGGUGAGGGAGGCUCUUCAAAUUAAUAAGCCUGAUCAUACACAUCUAAGAACUGUUACCCCUCCACCUCAAACUCUGAGAGGCAAAGACAGGAUCUGUAUUGAAGUGAAGCCAGUAUGGCCCCUGAAUACAGUGCAUCACUCUGGUGAGUGUGGGCCGUCACAGGGCAGAAGACAUGUUGGGACAGAGGGCUGGGCACCGCACUGAAGCUUGCUGUAGUAACCAUGGAAACAGUGUGGAGGAGUUUGGCCUGCGUUGGCAUCAUCGCCAUGGUUGCCAGUGAAGUAGCAGAGAGUUGGAGUCCUGAAGAGUUUGCUCAGUCUCAAGCUGACUUUCUGUCCAACUUGGGCCAGUAUGAGAUCGCCAUCCCAGUGCGUGUUGGGCCGCAUGGGGAAACACUAUCAGAAGAGGAGACCCCUUAUAGGCAUGGCCGAGAGCGGCGUAGCACAGAAACACAGCACGUUCCAGAUCCACAGCUGUACUAUCAGCUCUCCACUUCGAGUACUGAUCUCCUCCUCAACCUCACACUGCAGGAAGGACUGCUCUCACGAAAGUUUCGUGUGGAAUACUGGAAGAGUGGUCACCUGGCCUGGAGUCACCCAUACUUAGCCAACUGCCACUAUGUGGGUCACCUACAGCACCAGCCUCACUCUAGUUCUGUGGCUCUUAGCAACUGUAAUGGCCUGCAAGGGGUCAUUGUAGCUGGUGGUGAGGAGUACCUUAUCGAACCCCUGGUUUCUGCCAAAAACUUCACUAAUGAGGCUGGCAAAGAGGGGCGCCCCCAUGUGGUGUACAAACGGUCAUCUCUGAGAUACCAGAAUUUGGACCAGUCCUGUGGAGUCAUCGAUGAGAAGCCCAUUAAAAGUUAUGGAUGGUGGCAGAGAACGAUAAAGCCUUCACCCAAUCAGAUGGGGCGGGGCCAAUUACCACUGAAGCGUUCUGUCAGCCGAGAGCGCUACGUCGAAUCCCUAGUGGUUGCCGACAAGAUGAUGGUUAGCUAUCACGGCCGCCGUGAUAUUGAGCAGUACAUUCUGGCUGUUAUGAAUAUUGUUGCCAAACUGUUCCAGGAUUCUAGCCUGGGGAACGCAGUGAACAUCAUAGUUACCAGGCUUAUUCUACUCAUGGAAGAUCAGCCCACACUAGAAGUUAACCAUCAUGCAGGGAAGUCUUUAGAUAGUUUCUGCAAGUGGCAAAAAUCCAUCCUGCACCGGAACGGUCAUGGCAACUCCAUCCCUGACAAUGGAAUUGCUCACCAUGAUACAGCAGUGCUCAUCACCAGAUAUGACAUCUGCAUCUACAAGAACAAACCCUGUGGAACACUUGGUCUGGCACCUGUUGGUGGUAUGUGUGAGCCGGAGAGAAGUUGCAGCAUCAAUGAAGACAUUGGUCUUGCCACUGCUUUUACCAUUGCGCAUGAGAUAGGCCACACGUUUGGGAUGAAUCAUGAUGGUGUUGGCAACACUUGCGGGGUGCGCAGUCAGGAGACCGCUAAACUCAUGGCUGCCCACAUCACUAUGAAGACCAACCCCUUCGUCUGGUCGGCCUGCAGCCGCGAUUACAUCACCAGCUUCCUCGACUCUGGCAUGGGUUCCUGCCUGAACAAUGUUCCCCCCAAGCAAGAGUUUGUUUACCCCACCACAGCCCCUGGCCAAGCCUAUGACGCAGACGAACAGUGCCGCUUCCAGUAUGGAGUGAAGUCUCGUCAGUGUAAAUACGGGGAAGUGUGCAGUGAGCUGUGGUGCAUGAGUAAAGGGAACCGCUGCAUCACCAGUAGUAUCCCGGCAGCCGAGGGCACCAUCUGUCAGACCAGCACCAUUGAGAAAGGGUGGUGCUACAAAAGGGUGUGUGUGACAUAUGGAACUCGUCCGGAGGGUGUUGACGGUGGGUGGGGCCAUUGGUCACCCUGGGAGGAGUGUAGUCGCUCCUGUGGGGGUGGAGUCUCAUCCUCCAUUCGUCACUGUGACAGCCCCAGGCCAACGGUUGGAGGAAAAUAUUGUCUGGGAGAGAGAAAGCGUUUUAGAUCCUGCAACAUUGACGAGUGCCCAGCCGGAUCUCAAGAUUUCCGGGAAAUUCAGUGCUCAGAUUUUGACAGUGUGCCUUUCCGGGGGAAAUUCUACACCUGGAAGCCGUACAGGGGCGGUGGGGUGAAGUCAUGCUCACUGAACUGCCUAGCAGAAGACUAUAACUUCUACACCGAGCGCGCACCAGCUGUAGUGGAUGGCACGCCCUGCAGGGACGACUCUCUGGACGUUUGUGUGAAUGGCGAGUGUAAGCAUGUGGGCUGUGAUCGGAUCCUGAGUUCAGACGUUCGAGAAGACCGCUGUCGCAUUUGUGGAGGAGAUGGCAGCAGCUGUCAGGUCAUCGAGGGGGUUUUCAACGACUCUUUAUCCGAAGGAGGUUAUGAGGAGGUGGUCAGGAUCCCCAAAGGAUCUGUAUUCAUACACAUCCAAGAGCUGAAUGUCUCUCUCAAUUACUUGGUGUUGAAGAGCAAAGGGGAUCAGUACUUUAUCAACGGCAAGCUGACGAUCGACACUCCACGACACUUUGACAUCGCAGGAACCUCAUUCCACUACCGUCGCCCCACCAAUGAACCAGAGACCUUGGAAGCACUAGGGCCCACCAACAUGACUCUAAUUGUCAUGGUGUUGGUCCGUGAGGAAAAUCCCGGGAUCCAUUACCGUUUUAACCCACCAGUCAACAGAGAUCCUCUAAGUGGUUACGCCUGGCAUUAUACAUCCUGGUCCCGCUGUUCUGUGCUGUGUGCAGGAGGGGUUCAAAUCCAGCAGGUGGUGUGCAAGAAGCAAGCUGAUCUCUCUGUGGUUUACAACCACUUCUGCGACAAGAAGAACAAGCCCAAAGACAAGAGAAGAUCAUGCAACUCAGAACCCUGCCCUCCAACGUGGUGGACAGGAGAGUGGUCUGAAUGCAGUAGGAGUUGUAAUGGAGGAGUGCGUACACGAGAAGUCCUGUGUAAGAGGAAGAUCACUGCCACAGAGGAGAAAGUCUUGGAUGACUCGGCCUGCACCCCACCACGCCCUUCCAUCACUGAAGCCUGCCACAAUCACACCUGCCCCCCAGAGUGGCACUCGCUGGACUGGUCUGAGUGUACUCCUAGCUGUGGUCCAGGAUACAGGUACAGGGUGAUUCUGUGUAAAAGUGGAGAGAACGGUGAAACACUGCCCGAGUCAGAGUGCCCGAAACAGAGCCGUCCGACCAUCAGGGUGCGCUGUUACAUACAACGCUGCCCACCACCUCAGUGGGUUAUAGGACCCUGGGGAGAGUGCUCGGCUAAGUGCGGUAUGGGUCAGGAAAUGCGCUCAGUGCAGUGUCUGACACAUACUGGUCAGCAGUCCAAUGAGUGCCCUGAAUCACAUCGGCCUGCCUCCAUGCAGCAGUGCAAGAGCGCGUGUGACCACAGCGGCCCUACAGAUAACCCUGAAGAGUGUAAAGAUGUGAACACAGUGGCAUACUGCCCCCUGGUGCUCAGGUUCAAAUUUUGCAGCCGCCCAUACUUCAGACAGAUGUGCUGCAAAACCUGCCAAGGACACUGACCGACCUCCCUCCCUCUCUCUCUUUCUCUCUCACUCUCUCACUCUUUUUCCCCCUCCUCCGCCUCUCCCUUGUUCUUGCAUGGCCAAAACCGCCCAUGCUCAGCAUUCCACUGAAGGAGUGUUGUUAACCACUGGCAGACUGACAUCAUUGUGGGAGAGAGCGUGGAAGAAAUGAGAGCGAGAGGGAUGGAGAGACAUAAAAAGAGAGAGAGUCAGUGCUGCUUUCUCUCUUCCUCAGACCAGCUGCUUUAGCACUGCUGCUGUGAAUACCAGUCUGCCUAAAAUGCAUCUGUCAGUAUCCCUUUUGCUCUUAGAGUGGUGCUUUCGCCAUCAGUUGUCGUAGAGAAAAGUGUUAACAUGAACUUUGUCACACUUGUUCUGUUAGUUCUGUGUAUUGCUAAUAGAUUUGUCCAUUAUUUUAAUGUGAUAAAUGAUGCAUUUAUAGACCAAUUGUCUUUAUAACCAGUCUAAAAGCUGAAGUGUGUAAAUUCUGUGCCACUAGUAUCACAAUAGAAUUCUAAAAAUAACAAUUGUUUUCAGACAGGUUUCCCACGCACUGUUCCCACCUGCCAUUUGUUGGACCAAUAAACAGCCCUGUCCCAAUCUCACUACAUUGGUUGAGCCAGCAUUGCUGUUUCGGUCUAGUCGGAUGCUCAAACCAACAGAGCAAUAUUUUGAUAGUGCCACAUAAAGCAUUUUAACAUAACACACUUUCACUUUAAGGGGCGUUCACACUGUCAACAAUUUGAAGACAAAGGAUCAAACAGUUAUUAAUUUUCAAUGCGAGUUGGUGAUUUGAGGCGUCAUCAGCAAAAGAGAUGUUAGCGAUGUAACAAAGUUGCAAAACAACAAUCUUUAUGCUAAUAUGCAGUGACGUGGCACAUUAACUAAUAAUUGAAGUCCUUGUAGUGGAGCUCAUGAAAUCCAAUUAAAUAGCUGUCUGUGUGAACAGAUCUUUACAAAUACUACAGAUCACUCAGAUGUCAUAAGUUCUCGUUUGGCUGUGUGGUUGGUGCUGAGAUACUGUAUCUUUUAAUCUGACAGCCUUGUAGCUAUUUGCAUGUGCUAUGCCAUUAUCUGACCAUCGGGACCCAUUAUGCUAACACUAAUUCACCAUUAGUUAUUGUGCAGUAAUGAAACCUUCAUGAACAACAAAAUGAGAGGUAUGGACUGUUUUAGCUUACAUGCACAAUUUUAGCAGCUAAAUCAACCAAUGGAAGUCAUUGCUGAAACUUGUGGUAGUAUCGUAGCAUUAUUACUUGUUAUUUAAAGUAGCAGACACAUUUCUCAUAGAAAAUGUUGUGUACUGUAAUUGCCAUCGCAGUCUCCAUUGGGCAACAAGUAAUUAAGGUCACAGAGCAACAGAGGAGAUUUGAACUACCUUAACUAUCCUAAACUAUCUGGUUAGGAAUACACCCAGAAAUGUAUAUGCUCACCCUUCAGAUCUUAAAGGAAUAGUUCACUCAAAGAUAAAACUUCUGUCAUCAUAUACUCACCCUUUUAAUUCCAAACCUGCUAAAAAAAUUAUAUAACAAUAAAUAAAUGAAGGUCAGUAAAUGAUGGCAGAAUAUAAUUUUUAGGGUGAACUCUACCUUUAAUGUUUUAAACUUGCAAUGAAAUGUUUUCCAUACUUUAUAUUGAUUGAAAUCCACCCAGAAUCCUGAUGCCAACAUCCAAUUUCCUGCUUCAGAGUUCAAUACUUUACCCAUUAGGUCACAGGGCCUGCAUUAAUUUUGCUCUUAGUUGUGUGUUUUAAAAGUCUCCAUGGAUAUUUACAAAAAAUUAAAAGAUUUAAAUCCAACUUUAAAUGGCUCAAACAUCUAAAACCUUAAACCUUUAGCUAAACUUAAUUUGUCAUUAAAUCAUCUAUGUCUAAACUUGUUAGUAUCAGCCACCGUUAGAGAGCUCGAAUAGACCAUCUACCAUCCCGGGUACUGGCAGCACAUUUUGAAUAUUUAAUUUGAAGAGCAGAUUCUGAGGAGAUGGCCUCCAUUUAAGGAUUGGUGGCUAAUCUGUGGUGCUACAGUAUGGUGCUCUGUUUUUUAUUUUGUCAUAAUCUCAAAAUGUUAUUUUGUUUUGUAAGGAUUGGUUUGCUUAAGGUAAUACAUUAUCUAAGGAAAAAAAAUAUAAGCAAGAUUCUAUAAAAACUAGAAUUAUUGUUAAAGUCUCUCUUCAGAGACACUAACUGCAUAAUCAACAUCUUGUUACAGUUAUGUGAAAGAUGAACGUGUUGUUUUGCUUUUGACAAUAAGCUUUUUGAUUUUGGUGUGUGUUCCUACAUUUACAGAAACUGUAGAUUCACUUUGAAAAACACAAUCACUUGUGUUUUAAUGGAUGUUUUGUUGUUGUUGUUUUAUGUUGAUUUUUACAUGCUACUCAAUAACAUGCUGUACUGUCAUGUGCCUGUGAUGUAGUUUAUUUCCUCUGAAAUGUAUGUAGACCAGUUUAAAUGAAUUUGAAUGGCUGAAUAAAGCAGAUGC